AUCGAAUCUUUAUUAUUCUCGAUUCUAUUUUCCCAGAAAAUCUCGAUGUAUUUUUCCGGGAAAUCGAAAGGAAUAGGGUAGAUGGCAGAUGAGGUGGUUAUCGACGGCGAUGUGGACGAUCGGGCGGCGAAGGGAUUCUCCGAUACCGACCAAAGCGUCGCCGGAAAUAUGGCUGAACUGAGACGGAAAAUGGAGGAGCUGGAGGACGAGAAGCAAAGGCUGACGCAGGAGAAUCGGGAGAUUAAGGAGAGGUUGGAGAAGCUGACCGGUGAGUUCGAAUAGCUGAGAGGCGUGGAAGCGGAGAUGAAUCAGAGGUUCGGGGAGAUGGAGAGGGAAAUCGAACAGGCUGAGGAAGAUAAAAAGGCCCUAGAAUCCAUUGCCGCGAGAGCGGAGGAGCUCGAGACGGAGGUUUCGCGGCUUCAGCCUGACCUGAUAUACUCCAUAAGCGCCGGGGAUGAUGCGGCGGCUGAGGUGGCGGAGCUAAAGAAGGCGGUGGCGGAGAAGGGGGAGAAGCUGGACGGAUCUGAGAGGGAAGCGGAGAGUCUGAGGAAAGUGAGGGCUGAGACCGAGAAGAAAGUUAGGGAUCUUGAACGGAGAGUCGGGGUUUUGGAAGUGAGGGAAAUGGAGGAGAAGAGCAAGAGACUUCGGGGGGAAAAGGAGAUGAGGGAGAAGAUUUGUGGGAAAGAGAGAGAGAUUAGCGAAUUUCAGAAGAAAGUUGCGGGUUUGAAAUUGGAAUUGGUGAAGAAUGGGGAGGAAAUGGAGAAAGUGAAGUCGGGGAAGAAUUUUGCAGAGGAUGAAUUGAGUGAAUCACAGAAAAGGGAGAUGGAGACGGAGGUGAAGGGGGAGGAGUUACAGAAGCAGGUCGAGUUGGCCAAGAAAACGAUAGUAGGGUUGAAGGAGAGAAUCAUUGAGCCUUGCAAUGGAACUGCAGCAAGUGAUGUUGAACAGAAAGGUGCCUUGGGACUGAAGUCAAAGUGGCCUGUUCUUGCUGCUGGGUCAGUCGGCGCUGUUGGUUUGGCGGCUGCAACUCUGUUUGUCUUCUAUUCAAAGCCAAGGUGAUUUAUCAUAGGUAAUGAUGAGAUUGUUGAUCUCUGAGGAGAUGGUUUAUGGGUUAGUAUAUGAUCUUUGGUUGGUUUUGGUUCGAAGCUGUGAUGUUUUUGGCUGUCGGCUUUCGUAUUUUCAUUGAGGAGAUUGUUGAAUUUUUGGCUCUUACCCCAUCAGAUGCAUUUGUCAUCUUCUUCAUCA